UUUUUUGUGUUGAUGUGUGUAAGGGUCGUAGUUGUGAAAUUUCUCAAAAUUCGAAAAGCGUUGCGUGUUGGCGUUGCUUCCACUAGGAACGCUCUUGAACCCUAUUCGAAACCGUGCUGCUUCCCGUCUCUCAAUUUCAUUUCACACGUUUAAAUAUAAAACUUGCCUUUCAUUCCAAGCAGAAACUUCUAGACAAAGCGCAAGAGGAAGGAAAAACGCAGAUUUAAUUGGCGUUGCGAAAGACACAGAUUUCAUUUCAAGAAAGAGAAAAGCAAAGAUCAUCAGUUUACGCUUGACCGUGAAAUAAAAUAUAAAGAAAAGAAUGGGGCCGGGUUCUGCAUUGAGCGCAGCGGCGAAACAAGCGGAGCAAUUGAGGAAAGAUGGGAAUAAUUAUUUCAAGAAAGGUCGUUUUGGGGCUGCCAUUGAUGCUUAUACUGAGGCGAUUACUUUAUGCCCUAAUGUUCCUGUGUAUUGGACGAAUCGCGCUCUUUGCCAUCUCAGGCGCGAUAAUUGGUUGAGCGUAGAGCAGGAUUGCCGGAGAGCUAUACAGCUUGACUACAGUUCUGUGAAGGCACACUACAUGCUGGGACUGGCCUCGCUAAAGAAGGCAGAAUCUGAUGAAGGGGUCAAGGAACUACAAAAGGCAAUGGAUCUAGGAAGGGGUGCAAAUCCAAAGGGUUAUAUGGUGGAGGAGAUUUGGCAGGAGCUUGCAAAAGCAAAAUACCUGCAAUGGGAGCAUGCAUCAACCAAACGUUCAUGGGAAUUGCAAAGCUUGAAGGAAGUUUGUGAAAUUGCUCUUAGAGAAAAACCUAUUGUUGAUGGUUCUUAUUCAGAAGAUGAUCGUUCAAAACAUCUGGAGGCUCUGGGACUAGUGUUUAGGGAAGCUGGUGAAGCUGACCUCCCUAGUGAGGUGCCGGAUUACUUGUGUUGUAAAAUCACACUUGAUAUUUUCCGUGAUCCUGUCAUUACUCCAAGUGGAGUUACAUAUGAGAGAGCGGUGAUCCUUGACCAUCUUCAAAAGGUUGGUAAGUUUGAUCCAAUCACGCGAGAGCCACUCAAUCAAUCCCAGCUUGUACCUAACUUGGCAAUGAAGGAGGCAGUCCAAGCAUAUUUAGAUAAACAUGGUUGGGCUUACAGGGCGAACUAAAGGACGAAUGUUCUGAUAAUUUUGCUGAACAUGCGAUGACUUAGCUAGGGUGAUGACAAGUAUUGUGAAGAUAUUGGUCAGAGCUGCCGCAUCUGUUCGGUAUAUAUCAUCAAACAUGUUUGGUAGAUAUAGAUAAUUUUGUGUUGGCUUCAGUGUGUAAUGCCAUGCCAUUUACCAGGGCAUGUGAUCGUCUGGAAAUGUACAGUUAUUCUUGUAACAUUUACUUGACAUUGUACAGAUUUAGUUAGUAAAACUAAAUCAUGCUAUAGAUGAGUGGCCUUGUAAGGGUUGGAAAGAGACCAAUUUACAUUGCUACAGUGGGGAAUGUCGGUUCUUUGUCAGGACUAAUGGGUGCAUGUUUCAUCUAUCAAUUUUUACGGUUUUGUUCUA